GUUUGUGUUUCUGUUCUGGGCGCUUUGGCCUCCAACAGCUUGUAAAACAAGUAGCAGACAGUUUUACAGAUCUGGAUGCAACUCAGACCUUAUGCUCCAUGCGUGAUUGGUGUCCCAAUAGUAGGCCCGUAGCUUCAAAGGCAGGCACAUCCGAUCCACUUAAUAUUGAUUCCUGUUACUAUGUCCACAUUUUGAAGUGGAGUGGACAAUUUCUGUGCUGCAUUAAAAGCCCACAAAUGCAAGCUUACCAUGGUAACUUAACCAUUUUGUAUUUUGACCGCUGGUUUGAAUGGCGCCGUCUAUUGCGUGUUCCCACAUGAUGUAUGGGGGGGAGUACUGUGUUUAAAAAAAAAAAGAGUCCUGCCUAAAUACGUGUCUCAGACAUGAUGGCAGUGGCCCAAAAUAUGGAAUGUACUGCCGGAAUUAUUUUGUCUGGUGGUUAAGGCUUAUUCAUUUCAUUAAAUGAAUUGUGAAGAAAUACAAAGGGCAUCUGUGCAUUUCCUUUUGUGUCAAAUCCUUCGUUGCCAUGUGAACAGGCUCUACUCCCUUUUGCUGUAAAUCUACCCUGGUAUUUCAUAUGUUGCUUUGAGAAAAGGUUUUGCUUAAUAGUGUCUCUUCAUUUUUGUCCUCUAAACUGCCUGUUAUUAAUGUUACCAUAUCUUCUCUGAGACAUAAUUGUUCUAAUCGUGCCGUUGUGUAAUUUUCAGCGGGAGCAAUCAGUUUUCAUUGUGUGCACUCGCUCUAAUUGCCAAAUCAUGAUCCCUAACAAGGGAUGAAGCACUGAUUGAACUGAGCGCAAAGGCCUCAUGUUUGUGAUGAAUCAUUGCAUUAAUCCAGUGUGAUCAAAUUAUUAAUGAUGCUAAAUUUCGUUUUGCUCAGAGCUGCUUAAAAGCGUAAAUGGUGGAAACUGGAUUGUAUAAUGUGACCGUUAAAAUGUAUACAUGAAAGAUUAUGACAAUUUCAAUGACUCUUCUCAUGAUCCCAAUUAGAUUUUAAGAUCAUAUAACUUCCUUCUGCAAUUAAUUUGACAGCUCAAGUUGGUGGUAAUGGAAAUAUUUAUUUUUAUCCAAACAUCUCAGCAUGCAUCCGGUUUCAAGUGCACACUUUCACCCACUGACUGCAGCCAGUGCUGAUGCGUUAAAUGACAGUCAUGCCGAGAGAUGGCUUGUAAUCUUCGGCGCCACACAUGCCAACAUAAUCUGACACAAGGAUCCCUUCAGGACACAAGCCAGCCAGCAGAGUGCUGCAUUUUCCAGAUGACCCGUGUUGACUCCUUUACCAUGCUCACAACAACUCAUCAGGGAUAAGAUCGAUGCACUUGAACACUUUGUACUCAUCAAUGAGACGUUUAAGGUUGAGCAUUUCACUUAUGUGCUGUCAGUAAUUGCUCUAAUGGCCUAAUGGUGAACUGUUUGGGCAUUUAUUCCUUGUCCUCAAGGCCCAUGUGCAAAUACAAGCUUUAUCCACAUUAGUAGGUCGACUUUGGCCUACUAGCAGGAUGACAAUAUGUUAAUAGUGAGGCACAAGUUGACAUCUGUCUGCAACCAUGUGUGCUGUCGCUUUUCUAUUAGUGCACUGAAUUGACUUAUUAGUGAGGACAAAUGGGCCUUAAACUGUAUAUCUUGACACUCAAAUACGGAAUUCAGUCACAGACAAAGGUCACACAUUCCUCACUUGACUGUCAUGCAUCAAUGGCAGUUAGUUCUAUAUUGUUAGAAGAGCAACCCCCCUCAAAAAAAAAAACCUGGUCAAUAGAAGAGAGGGGGCGGAGUAGUACAGGGUAGCUGGGUGAGUAUAAAUGGAACAUCACACAAGAGUCCUCUGUGGGUGAAGGGAGCCCAAAGACUUUCGCAGGAGUGCUGGCUGCCCACCAUUUUACUUCUGUGCACCACGCCAGCAGCAUGGAGACCUCCAGCACAACUUUCCUGCCCAUAAUUGGCCUUGGCUCAAUGGCUCAGUCAGCUGGACUUGUGGAGAUUGCCGUCAGGCUGUGUCUGAACCAACGUAAGCAAUUGUGUCCUCAUGUUUGGGUGCCCAUCUUGAAACCCCUGCGGCCUUGCAUCCGCUCCACGUUUCCAAAGGCCACAUCAGCUGACAUCCUACGCCAAGUCGGUCCAACCCAGACGCUCGCAGGUUGCUUUGAGGACUUGGAUGAUGACAAUGAUGUUUUGGCCCCGGUCAAGAACAAGCAUGUGGUUUUCGCUGACUCCAAGGGCCAAUCGUUGACAGAUGUGCGAAUCUUUUCUGACGAGGAGGACCACUCCGACCUCGAUCCUCUGCCGUCCCUCCAGGGUUUGGUUAAGAUGACUGAGCCUGGUUACAGCUGCACGGUCAGCACCUGCUGUCCAGGUACACGGCUCACGCUCGGUUUCCCGCAGCCCUCCGCUAAUUUCCAGGCCUUUCGUGCAAAGCUUGCUGAGAACAUGGUCACCCUGGAGAACUGCACGGUCACUGGGCAAAACCUCAGAGGCAUCGCCCGAGUCCAAAACCUCAGCUUCCAAAAAGAUGUGCGUGUGCGUAUCACCUUUGACUCAUGGCAGAGCUACAGAGAUGUGCCCUGCACGCACCUGCAGCAGCGCUUUGGAGGGCCGCAAACAGACAUCUUUCAGUUUGACAUAGAUAUACCCAAAGUGCUUGAUGCAAAGAGGAAGAUAGAAUUCUGCUUAAGUUAUUCACCAAGAGGGCAGGCUAAUACUUUUUGGGACAACAACAAUGGACAGAACUAUGCAAUUAAGGUGUGUGUGAGCUCACAUCUUUGUCACAAUUAGAGAAGUCAAACAACAUGACAUCAAGCUCAACUUUAAUGUAAAUUAACUUUUUUACUUAGACUUACGAGGUUCUUUUAUUUAUUGUGUGUUGUGUUUUCCUCUGACUUUUUGUGUAUUAAUUAAAAAACACGUUGUUGUA